AUGUUGGGGCGAAUCAAAGGACUGGGCCUGAUGAGUAAAUACAUCAAUAAUUGUCUAGGGGGUCAAAAAGGGCUUACAAGUCGUUUUCAGCGAAUAUCUUCAGCCUUUUCUGUACAGAACUUGCGGUACAUGUCCACCAAUUGGAACGAGUCUUCUGUUAUUACCGAUCGAAAAUCGAAAUUUCAAGCACGUAGCAUUGCAAUCACAAACUCUCUGCAAAUACCGGAUAUUUUGGAGCAACUAGUAUCGAAUGAUAAGCAUAUCGCUAAGGCAUCGCAUCCUCAUAUAAUUGCCUGGCGCACGUCAAACCCAAUAGCUCAGGGGUUUAAAGACAACGGGGAGAAGGGAGCAGGAUACAGAUUACUAGAGCAAGUUUUGGAGCGACACAACGUGGUGGAUAUGUUGGUUAUUGUCACCAGAUGGUACGGCGGAAACCCAAUUGGCUCACUGCGAUUCAGACACAUAAAUAAUAGCGCUUUGGAGUCACUCAGAAUCGCCAAGAAAGUGUAA